CACUUUCAAACAAAAAGUAUCAAAACCUCCCCAGGGAAAGGAACACCGGCUCAUUCUCAUCAUCAAAAUAAAAAUCUGCUUAGAACAAAUCAUAAAAAUAGCCUCCUUAGAACAACACACAAAAUACAUCACAUCAGCAAAAAAAUGGCCGAGUCCCCAGAAUACAAAAUCUCACCCGUCACCCCCUCCGACCUCCCCUCAAUCGGCACCCUCCACGCCCGCGCCUUCCACCCCAAAAGCACCUGGCACCUCAAAGUCUUUCCCCCAUCCCUCUCCCCCUGGUGGUCCACCAAAUACUCCCUCGACAUCGCCUCCCCUAACAUGCACAUCCUCAAAAUUUCCCCAUCCCCACCACCUGCAGACUCCCCUCACACCGUAACAGGCCUCCUCUUCCUCCGCAAAUACAGCGGCCUCGACAACAACACCAACACCAACACCUGGCUCUCCUUCCCCCCACCCCCAGAAAUAGUCGAUCCCCAGACCUACAAAGCUCUAAUCGACGCUAUGGUUGAGUACCGCGAGAAAUACAUGUAUGGCAGAGAGCAUUUCUGUAUUGAGCAUUUUGGGGUUGAUGCUGAGUUCCAGGAGAAGGGGUUGGGGAGUGCGUUGCUUGGGAGGGCGUGUGGGAUUGCGGAUGCGGAUGGGGAGGGACUGGAUGUUUUUGUGCAGGCGAAUGAGUUUGCGGAGGGGUUUUAUAGGAGGUUUGGGUUUGAGAGUGUGGGGAGGAGGGGGAUGCCGGGGGGGUUGGUGGAGUGUUUUCUUGUGAGGAGGGAGGGUGGUGGGAGGGGGGUGUGA